UUUUUUUUAACCCGGCCCAUCUGGUGAAGAGAGUGGCCCAAAACUGAAAGAACUGGGGGGAGAAGUGAAGAUACAGGGGAGGGCAGAUCGUAUUGAAAACAAAUCAACUCAACAGAUCUCCAAUCGCACAUCACAACUGACGACUGAAGAAACUUGCAUUGGGUAAAUUCUGAAGUUUGAUCUGCCGUGUAGACAGUAAAACUUCGUUUUAAUGUACGAAUAACUCAACUCGUUGCAAGUCAGCGCGCGCGUGAUGGAUCGCUUAAGUUCGCGAGAUGCAACUGUAGAGCUUCAUAACAGACAGUGAUGCAGUUUGCAUCAAGUUCCUCUGAUAAUGUAAACAUCUGCUUGUGCGAAACAAAAUAAGACGCUGAUGGAGUUUUCGAGCGUUAUUUUAAGUAAAAUUACGUUGUUUUUCGGGUGCACGUUGUUGGACGACUGAUCAACAAACUUUACAACAGCAUCGAAAAGGGUGGAUGGUCCUUUUCACACCUGUUGCAUCCUUUCAAAUGAUUACAGGCACAAAAGGAAACAGUCAAAACUGCCAUGCAUUAAUGGAAGAAGUUUCCUGGAAGAAAAACACUUGACACUCUUCUCAUCAUGGAGACCACGAGUCCAACCACCACAGAGAAGAAGGAGUGCAAGGGAUCCACCCUGGAUGGCAGUAGUUUUACAGACCUCCCCAAAAAGCCUUCACCGACCACAGCAACUCGAGCUCCUCAUUUAUUCUCAACCUUCCACACACCAAUCCCAAUCGACAUGCGCCACCAUGAGGGAAGGUACCAUUAUGAGCCUCACCCUCUCCACCCCAUGCAUGGACCUCAUGGAUUAGCUGGCAGUCCAGUUAUCUCCGAUAUCUCUCUGAUCCGACUGUCGCCUCACGCUGCCACUACUGGAGAGUCUCCCUUCAACCCACCACAUCCGUAUGUCAACCCUCACAUGGAGCACUACCUACGAUCCGUCCACAGCAGCCCCACUCUCUCCAUGAUCUCUGCUGCACGAGGACUGAGCCCUCCUGACGCAGUGACCCAUGAACACCUGAAGGAGAGAAGUUUGUUUGGCCUGCCUCCUCCCCCGCCUGGUGCGAACCCAUCUGAGUACUACCACCUCAUCGCCAGUCACCGCAGCCCUUAUGGAGACCUGCUCAUGCAGACAGGAGCCGUGGCAGCUCAUCUCCCUGACUACAUGAGCCCAGUGGACAUGUCCCGUUUCCCAAGUCCCAGACUGACGCCGAGGGUGAACAGGAAGCGAGCGCUGUCUAUCUCUCCGGUCUCGGAUGCAAGCAUCGAUCUACAGACCAUGAUCCGCACCUCACCCAACUCUCUGGUGGCCUACAUCAAUAACUCCCGUUCCAGCUCAGCCUCCAGCAGCUCUUACGGUCACCUCUCUGUCGGGGCCAUCAGUCCGUCCUUCACCUUCCCACAUCCUAUUACACCGGUUCCAUACCCCCAGCUGCUGUCCCAACAAAGGGGUCUGAAUGCUUUUGGCCACACUCCCCCUCUCCUACAGCCUUCCCCCUCACUUUGCAGCAGGCAGCAGACGCUGUUGGCAGCUGCCGCCCUGACCAACACCAAUACAGAGUCCAACCAGAAUACUGGAGGAGACUCGGCUGUCAGCAGCACGGUUAACCCCAUGAUAAUCAAGAAGUCAAAGGUGAAGACAGAAGCAGACGGACCCCACCUCUUCUCACCUGGUUCUCAGGAUCACAUGGAAUUAAAGGAGGAACUUGACAAAGAUGAAUGCAAGCAAGAGCCUGAGGCUGUAUAUGAGACCAACUGCCAUUGGGAAGGCUGUUCCAAAGAGUAUGACACCCAGGACCAGCUAGUUCACCAUAUCAAUAAUGACCACAUCCAUGGAGAGAAGAAGGAGUUUGUGUGUCGCUGGGAGGAGUGCUCUCGGGAACAGAAGCCUUUCAAGGCCCAGUACAUGCUUGUGGUGCACAUGCGUCGUCACACUGGGGAGAAGCCCCAUAAGUGCUCAUUUGAAGGUUGCUCAAAAGCUUAUUCUCGACUGGAAAACCUCAAAACUCACUUAAGGUCCCACACAGGGGAAAAACCUUAUGUGUGUGAGCAUGAGGGCUGCAACAAGGCCUUUUCCAAUGCUUCAGACCGGGCCAAGCACCAGAACCGCACACACUCAAAUGAGAAACCAUAUGUGUGUAAGAUCCCAGGCUGCACAAAACGCUACACAGACCCCAGCUCUCUCAGGAAACAUGUAAAGACAGUUCAUGGGCCAGAAGCACAUGUCACUAAGAAGCAGCGUGGUGAUGCGCCACCUAAACCACACCACCCUAAAGGGAACGGGGAAAACGAAGCCAACACAAAACAUGCUAGGGGAAAAACAGAGGGGUCAGUGGAGGCCAACAGCACCACCCAUGUAGUGGAUCACUGCCAGCAUGUCAAGUCUAUCAAGACGGAAAACACAGUGAUGUAUCAGUCCAGCCCUGGUGGUCAGUCGUCAUGUAGCAGUGAGCCAUCGCCACUUGGCAGUGCUACCAACAAUGACAGCGGAGUAGAGAUGGCCAUGCACAGUGGAGGCAGUUUGGGGGACCUGAGUGCUUUAGAUGACAUUCCUGUUGUUGAUUCUACCGGUUCUCCGGGUACUUCUGCAGGAGUGGGUCUCCAACUGCGUAAAAACAGGGGAGGUCUUCUACAGCUCGAGCACAUCAAGAAGGAAAAGCUGAAAUCUGUAAGAGAUCCCUGCCCCUGGGCGAAUACAAUGCCUCAAGUCCGAAAUACCAAGCUGCCUCCAAUACCAUCCAUCGACUCAUUGCUGGAGACUCCAAAUAUAGGCACGCAAAUGCAUGGGCCAACAACCCUACGUUCAGGAGACUUGUCCUCGUGUGAGAUGACAAUGUUAAGUCAGCUUCAUGAGCGCAGAGACAGUUCGACCAGUACAAUGAGCUCAGCAUACACGCUCAGCCGUAGGUCCUCCGGGAUCUCACCCUGCUACUCCAGUCGUCGUUCUAGUGAGGCUUCACAAUUUGGAGUCCGCAACAACAACGUCAGCUCAGCUGACUCCUACGACCCAAUCUCCACUGAUCUGUCUCGCCGUUCCAGUGAAGCCAGCCAUUGCGGAGGUGCAGGUGGACUCUCGAGUUUACUAAAUCUCACACCGGCUCAACACUACUCUCUUAAGGCAAAAUAUGCUGCUGCCACAGGGGGCGCUCCACCCACACCUCUGCCCAACGUGGAUCGCAUGAGUCUUAGAACUAGAAUGGCCUUGUACAAUGACUCGCAGGAAAGUUCUCAUUUGCACCAUGCCCCAGCUGUAGGCAACUCAAGACGAUGUAGUGACACCAGCUAUGGCGCCCCUGGCAUGAUGCCUCAUGAAGUCCCUGCCAGUCUUCCACGUCGUGCCAGUGAUCCUGUUCGUCGUACAACUCUCGACCAAUUCUCUGUCCAGAGGGUUCAACGGUUCAACAGCAUCGGUAACAUGAAUCUGUCAUGUCUGCCUGCAGUAGAUCGCCGUAUUCUCAACUUGCAGAACAACACUUGGUCUGAUGGUAGCUUACACCGUAAUCCCUUCAUCCAAAGGCCACCAAGUAUUUCAGAGAACGUUUUAAUGGAGAAUAUGGCCACUGAUGGUGGUGAUCAGCCCGAAGAUGAUUUGGUGCUUCCAGAUGAUAUGGUACAGUAUCUCAAUUCCCAGAAUGGUAGCUCAAAUCAUGACAAUGGUCAUACACUAGACAACCAUAGUAAUAUGUCCUCUCAACAACAUCAGUUCUAUGGACAACGACGAAUGGCCAUGGUUAGCAACAAUCUAAGCCAUCUAGAGCAAACAGCACCCCUUUGCUCAGGUCCAGAUCAAAUGGUAGGUCCGCAAGGCAGCAUGAACAAGAACAGCAUGCCUGUGCAAUGGAACGAGGUCAGUUCUGGUUCUGUAGAUACAACUACAAGGCUUCCAAAGCAACAACAACUCAGAGGGAACCUGACAGUGGUACAGCAGAAGCAGAACUUUGGCGCUUACCAAGGUGUUGGGCCUAAUCAGCAGAUUGUACCAAUGAGCCAGAAUCUGGUGAGCCUGCAACAAGGUUAUCCACAGAGGAUCGCCCAGAGGAUGAACUCUGUCCAGCAGUAUCGGCAAGCAGUUGCCAAUCCAUGUCAAAAUCUCAGUGAACAAAUGGACCCUCAACAGGGUUACAGGCAGAACCUCAAUUGCAACUCUUCAUCAGUAAACGCUAGUCAACGCCUAACAUGCAAUGGAAUGGGUGUGCCCAAUGGGAGAGCAGUGACAUCGCAAAACCAAGAUGUGCAGACUUACCGAUCAAACUUUGCACACGUCAAUAAAGUUAAUCAGCAAAAUUAUGUCCCAUUUUCUCAGACAGCCGUUCAAAAUGUAGGCAGAGGACUGAUACAGCCCAGACCUCCAUCUGGGCCCAAAACUUUAAACAGGCAACACUCAGGUUCAAGUGUGGUCCAGCAAAAUGAAUGUUCUCUGUCUGGGUUUGGCACCUCAGAAGCGAGCCCAAAGAGACCAGGUGACAUAGGUCAACACAAUAACAAGGACGGCAGCGCUAUGUACUAUUCAGGUGAGAUCCAAAUGUUGGACACCAAUAUGGAUUACAAUUCUCUUAUGUCUCCAUGCACAAAUCAAGCCCCUGUUGCUUCAGUGCCUACGUUGAUGGCAUCUCCUGGGGUUAAUCAGGUCACCAGCACAGUGGAUUCUUCUCAAACACUCGAGCACACUCAAAUAGACUUUGAUGCCAUUUUGGAUGAUGGAGACAAUUCAAGCCUAAUGUCUGGCACAUUAAGCCCUGGACUUCUACAGAGUCUCUCGCAGAAUUCCUCACGACUUACCACCCCACGUAACUCUGUUACACUGGCCUCAGUACCAGCAGGUAUUGGCAACAUGGCCAUUGGUGACAUGAGCUCAAUGCUAACUGCCCUUGCAGAGGAAAGCAAAUUCUUAAACAUGAUGGCUUGAGAAUGAAAGAAAAAAAGAUAUUGAACAAUAAAGCCACGAAGAAAAGAAUAUGUUAAAGAACACUAAAUUGUACUCUAAGGUACUCCAGGGGGAGAAAAACUUGUUUAUGCAUUUUUUUUCAUGAGCAAAGGCACUGAUGUACAAUAUAUUAUAUUGUAAGCUUUUCAGGUGCAGCAUUUCAGGUGAACAUUGUCAAAGGCUAGCAUUAAAAUGCAUAAUCAAACAUUCGCUGUUUUAUAUAACUAGAUUGUACCUGUAAUUGGCAAAGACCUCAAGGUGACAUGUAUCUAUAUCACGAAGCCAUAUGUUGUAUGUAAGUUUGUUUGUUUCUGCAUAAAGUGUACAUCAGGGUAAUGGUUAUUGGGCUAUUAUAAGUCUGAUUCUCCCUUUCUCAGCAGUGCACUGAAAUUCACGAAGUGCCUCACUUAAAAGAAUAGAAGUAAGCUUUUAAACUCAUAUAAUCUGGUAUUUAGCUAUACUUAUAGUUAUGAAUAUUUGUUGCAUUUUGCUCUGUUUUGUUUAUAGUUAUACAUAACCUUCAUAUUUUAAAUUGUGUAUUCAUAUUAACUGCACAAACUUAAUUCGUUCAUAAUUUACAAUGCUCUGAUGUACCCCCUUGUCAUUUCUAAGGCAUAUUAAAGUAGGAAAAUUCUCAUAUUUUACUCACCCUCAUGUCGUUCCAAACUCGUAUAACUUUCUUUCACAUGCGGAACAAAAAGUAAAGUUUGAAAGUUUUACUUUGGCUUUUGUGUUCACACAUUAUACACAAGAGCCACUGCGGAUGAGUUUCUCUUGUGAAUGUGCAACGGAUGUCCAAAAAAAAAACAACUUUAAUUUCGGGUUGCGUUUCACCUAUCGUAAUGCUUCAGAAGAAUGACCCUUGGACUACUUUUAUAAUAAUUCUGGGUCCUUUUUUAAGCUUUUAAGUGAGUCCCUAUCAACUGCUAUUUUACUGAAAAGACAGACUGGUGUGUGUGUGUGUGUGUGUGUGUGUGUGUGUGUGUGUGUUCUGCAUAAGAAAGUCAUAUUGGUUUGGAACAAAAUGAGGGUGAAUAAAUUGUAACAAAAGUCUCAGUUUUGGGUGAACUAUCCCUUUAAGAUAAACUAGUUUUAAAAAAACAUCUGCCCAAUUCCAAGGAGAUGGUCAGUUUCAUCUAUAUUGUCAGAUUCCCUCAAAGCACCCUCCAGGAGUUCCACAUCUCUGUAGUUGCGUCUCAUCUGUCUAUGUGUGGGUGAAGGACAGCAUUACAUCUCUGCACUUCAGUUUGUGGAGGCCUGUCAACCGUCACGUCCCUUUGAGAUAUCUUUAAAGGAAUAUGCAAGUACUCUCUGUGCUUUCAGCAGAGAUCGCAUUCCAAUUAACAGGUUCAUCACCCCCUCGAGCUUGUGAUAAACCACAGGCGCAUACUAAAAUGACUUCUGCCUUUGAUUUAGCAACAUUACAAGAUAGUCCCACCAAGGUCAGAGCGAUAACAGUUUUCUGAAGGUCUGAAUUAUACGAGGGGGAAGGAGAGGUUGGUGUUUCAUUAUGUCAUUUGCAGAACUCUGCGUAUGUAUAGCUUUUGUACAUUUUUAAAUACAGUAUCUUCAUUUUUCUGUUUUAACACUGGAUUUGUGUUGUCUCUUGAGAAAAUCACAUGAUCUGCUCCCUGUAGAACACAUUAAAGCAGAUAUCACUAUGGAAGCUCUCUUGCGCACCCUUUUUAAUUUUAGAACUAAAAAAGUGCAAAUGUAAGCAUAUUCACAAUAAAUGCAGUGGAUUACUCAUAUAUAGCAUAUAUUAAGUUAAUAAUUAAGUAAGACUAAUAAUAAGCAUCAGCAUGAGCACUGUCAUAAUACAGCUAGACCCUUAUUAAUUUACUUAAGUUUAUAAAGAAUUUUCUGCAACACUUUACAAUGAGGUUGUAUUACAAUGAGGUAUCAUAAACUAACAAUGGACAAUUUUUUGCAGUAUUUAUUGAUCUUGAAAAGUGUUAAUUUAUAAAUAUUUACAAACUGGUAUUAAAGUUCAUUAUUAGUUCAUAAUGUAUUUACUUAUGUUAAUGUAUUCAACUUUCAAUAAUACAAAUAUAUUAGUAUAUGUAGAAAUUGAAAUUAACCAAGAUUAAAAAAUGCUGCAAGUGUAUUAUUCAUUGUUUGUUAACACAACUAAUGUUAAUGUUUACUACCUUAUUAUAUAGUAAGUGUUACCAAAUUUUUGAUCAAUAAACAGAUAUUUUAUGAGAUAUGAUAUCAUCAGAUAUGAGUGGACAUUGCACUCUCAAUUAACUACCUACAUUUUUUAAUAGCAUGUAUUAUUUCUAAUUAUGUAGUCAUAAGCACUUUGAAAGAUGUUCUUGCAUUUAAACCCACACUAAUGCAUACAGUACUGAGCACUUUUUUUAAAGUUAGCUUGCUUAUAGUUCAUGACAGAAUUUCCCUAUGAGAAUUACAGCAGGAACAUCGUAAAACAGUCAGUUUAAAGGAGAGAAUCGGGGGACUGGCUGAUGUGCAAAGGGAGCAAAUUAUACCAGCCUUAAAGCAAAUAUGCUUGAGGAUUAUUUGAUCCACAUCCAAAUGAUUUCUUUUGCUUGUGUAAUUCUUUAUUCUCUCAGAGAAAUGAUGGAGGAAAAAUAGCCCCAGGGUAAAUCUCAGAAGUGCAAAGAACAAGAAGGAUAGCAUGAAAGUGGUGUUGACGAGCAGCUGAUGAGGCACCACUCUUGACAAAUCCAGAAACGUUGCUGGAAAUAAGAUCAUAAUUCACCAGAUUCUGGGUCCAUACAGAAAUUAUUUUGUUAAACAGAAACAAUCAGACCAUAGAAUUAUGAUAAAUAACAGUGGACAUUUACUGAUACUACAUGCAGAUUUUACACUGUGUACAGACAACAAAACUAGAAGUUGGGUACACCUUUGUGUGUUGGUUACUUUAUAUCACUGUGGAAAACAAAAAUAAAAAAAUCCUGGAGGCAUUUAGGUGAAGUUAAUAUAAAUUUCACUUAACUUAGAAAAGCUCUUUAUGACAUACCUACAUGACAUUGUGUCACAUAAAGUGCUAUUUCAAUGUAUUAAAAAGUGUGUCUGGCUUUGACCUAUGGACUGCAGGAGCAGCUCAUCACAUUAAAUUAUAUCACUUUACUACAGACUCUCCUUUGAGACAGUCAAGACUUUCCAUCAAAGGACGCUGGCAAAUAACACAGGCUUUAGGUUCAAAGCGAUCUGACCGAGGUCAGGGUUUAAGGCACAGGCACACCCUCCUCUCCUUGCCUGGCCAUGCUUUGGGUUAUGAGGGGCUUUUGGCUUAAAAGACAUCCAUGCAUGAAUGGUGACUUUGUGGCCAUAGUGUGAGCUGAACAAUGAGAGCCCUCACUUUCAUCUGUGACUUUAAGCACAUGGCACUACACCAGGCAAGUGAGAUUUGCUGUCCAAUUUAGGCCUGCAAGUAAGAGUCAAAAUUAAAGUAAAUGCUGUUAAAAAAGGAGUAGUUCACUCACAAAUUCCUAACUAACUUAUUAACCCUCAUGUUAUUACAAACCCAUAUGAUUUAUUUAUUUCUAUUUUUCUGUGGAAGUGGUGAUUUUACAAGAAAGAUUUUGU